UGGCAAGGAACAAGCUGAGAGGAAAAAAGUAAACACAGGGGUCAUUACGUGCGGUAGCGAUGUGUGAGUGUACGUGUGGUUUGUCCUCUCCACACACAGAUAUGGACCAGGAUCUACAGGGCUGGUUCACUGAAAGGUCUCCGGAGUUCCCAGGCGAGGCUUUCUCUCUCAAAGUGAAGAAAAAGCUGCUGCAGAAACGAAGCCAAUUCCAGAACAUUGAGAUAUUUGAGAGCACCAACCAUGGCAAGGUGCUGGUGCUGGAUGGUGCUAUUCAGUUCACCGAGAGGGACGAGGCAAGUUACCAGGAGAUGAUCACCUUUCUGCCCCUCAACACACACCCAAACCCAAAAAAGGUGCUGGUGGUGGGUGGCGGGGACGGCGGCGUGGCGAGGGAGCUGACCAGGCAUCCCGCUGUGGAGGAGGUGGUGCUGUGUGAGAUAGACGAAGAGGUGAUAGAGGCAUGCAAAACACACGUGCCUUCUAUGGGAUGCGGGUUCUCCAAUCCCAAGCUGACCCUUCACACUGGGGACGGCGCCAAGUUCCUGGAGGAGACGCAGGAGAAGUUUGAUGUCAUUAUUACGGACGCUUCUGACCCUGUGGUGGCUGAUGAGGGGGAGGAAGGAACUAAGGACGGUCCCGCCGUGUCUCUUUUCAACCACAAUUACUACACCGACAUGAAGAACAGGUUAGAGGAGGGAGGAAUUCUGUGCUGCCAGUCACCACAGCACACUUUCCAGGGCGAGAACAUGUGGCUUGACGCUAAGCUGAUAGUUACGCUGGUGAGGGGGUGUCGCAAGAUCUUCCCUGUGGUGGAAUACGCCUACACGUGCACCCCGACCUACACAGCUGGCCAGAUUGGGUUUAUUUUAUGCGCUACCAACCCAGACAUGAAAUUGAAUGAGCCAGUAAGGGUAUGGGACCAGAGGGAGGCAGCGGAGAUGGGGCUUAAAUAUUACAAUGCAGACGUGCACAGAGCUGCCUUCGCCCUCCCCACCUUCAUGUCACAGCACCUACGCACUGACUAGCCCAGGAAAGAGAAGAGGACUGAAGAAGGCAAAGAGGUUGACUGAGUGGCGUGUUAUAAGGUGCCUUCAAAACGUGUUAUAUUUGGCAAAAGUGAUUAUAGGAAGGGUAGAAUAGGGCUGGAAUGCAAAAAAAAUCAUGUAAAGGAAGUUUGAAAAUGGCUAAGAAGUAAAAAUAAAAAUAGAGAUAAAAAAAAAAAAGAGGAUUGAAUGAAAGAAAUACGUUUUGAAGAUUUGAAUUGAUGAAUGUGAAAUUAAACAUUGUUCGUUAAUCUUGUCUAGAAUCUUAUCAUGGUGAAAUUUUUCGAGUGUUAAAAGAAAAUAAGAGGUAAAUAAAAAAGAUAGAAGCUGUCUUGAAAGAAAAUUAUUUAUAUUAAGUUGUAAAGUUAAACAUUGUUCGUUAAUCUUGUCUAGAAUCUUAUCAUGGUGAGAUUUUUCGAGUGUUAAAGGAAAAUAAGAGGUAAAUAAAAAGAAAAUGGAAGAAGCUGUCUUGAAAGAAAAUUAUUUGUUAAAUUAAGUACGGGUCUAGUGUAAGAGGCUAAGCUAACAUUGCGGUGAAAUUUCUCAGGUGUUAAAGGUGAUAAAAACAUAAUAGCCAUACUUGGAAUCGAUGACUAACACCUUCACCAACCCUUAUUAUUUUAAACGGUUCCACGAAGCAGAUGUGUCGACUUUGAAAAUAUAAAUAAAACAUUCGUCUGCCAUUCA